AUGAGUUCUGAUACCUCUUCGAUAGACGACAAUGCUAUCAUCCUUGUCAAAGAUACUACUAGUACCGUUCCGUCAAAGCACAGAUAUCAUACCUCUGAACAUGAAAUUAGAAAGAAGUUAAGAAUUUCUUCCAAUAAACAACUUAAUCGUAAAGACAUUUCGGAUAUCUGUAACAUAGAGGAAGUCGAAUAUUACUUUGAAAACGAUCUUCGUAAAGUGAAGCCGUAUUAUUACGAAUAUCGAACUUUUACAAAAAAACGGUGGAUCGGGAGGACCAUAUUAGAUGUAUUCACUACCGAGUUCAGAGACCGCUCACCGCAAUAUUAUGUACAUAAAGAACAUGAUGAUAUGGCACGAGCAAUAAAAAGAGGCUCCAUAACUGUCAACAAUCAGACGGUUUCAACAGACACGAUUUUAAGGAAUCAAGACUUUAUCACUCAUAAGAUCCAUAGACAUGAGCCACCUGUCACUGCAGAGAAGAUUAAGAUUAUUUGCAAAAACGACGAUCUUAUUGUCAUUAACAAACCAGGAAGCAUACCGAUUCAUCCCAGUGGGAGAUAUCUCUACAAUACCGUCCUGCACAUCUUACGCAAAGAACAUCAAUUAGAUUCUCUUCACACAAUUAAUAGAUUAGAUAGACUAACCUCGGGAAUAACGCUAAUCGCAAUAAACAAGCAGAAAGCUCGAGAAUUGGAAGAACAGAUACGCUCCCGAAAUGUCCGGAAAGAAUAUGUGUGCCGAGUAUUGGGCGAAUUUCCAACUGAAGAGAUUAUAUGCGACCAACCUAUCAAAUGCGUUUCUCAUAAACUGGGAUUAAAUUCGGUCAGUUCAGACGGAAAGCCUAGCACGACCGUUUUCAACAGAGUUCAUUACAAUGGACACACUUCCGUUGUCAGAUGCAAACCGAUAACGGGCCGUACUCACCAGAUACGCGUACAUCUCCAGUACCUUGGAUAUCCUAUUGCUAAUGAUCCACUGUAUAAUCAUCCAAGUGCAUGGGGUGCAUCUAAGGGCAAGGGAGGGUUUGAUCAGGAGACCACGGCGAGAGUAAUCGACUAUUUUAUGCGAGAAGGAUUGGGUGACGAAGAAAAGACCAUCGUAAUAAACUCGGAAACCGGCGAGGAGACGAAUUUAACAAACGACAAAGAAACUGUUAUAAGCGAGACCAACAAUGCUGGCGAACGGAAUGAAGAUGAGACGAGCGAUACCCCAGUAGGCGACGAAGGAACACAUUAUUUGAACGAAGAUUACUGUGAAGAAUGUGCAAACCAAAAGUUUGAUGAUCCAUUGCCACAUCAGCUCUGUAUUUGGCUACAUGCUUUGAAAUAUGAAGGUGACGGUUGGAAGUACGAGACUGAAUUGCCCGAAUGGGCCAAAACGGAUUUCGUGGGUGACAGAGAUAUUAGCGUAGACGGUGCUUCUAUUGGAUGA